AUGGCUAGAAUCGUCACAAUAGGAAUUGUAAUAGUGCUAUGUCUAGGAACAGUGCACUCUCAAUUGGUUUGCUAUCAGUGCGAUGAUUGUGAGCUUCAGCAAGAAAUCCCAGUCGUUUGCGGAGACAUUGACUUCACCACCACAAGUCCACCGGACACAACCUGCCCGACCUGUGCUCCGGAACCAACGCUUCCUACUACGCCCGAAUGGACAACUUCCACUCCCGACACUACCUGUCCCACCUGUGAACCAACAAUCCCCACAACUCCCAUCCCAACAACUUCCACACCCGAAACAACAUGUCCCACGUGCGCUCCAACCCUUCCCACCACACCCAUACCGACCACGUCAACUCCCAUCCCGACGACGGCAACACCUGAGACCACGUGUCCUACCUGUGCACCAACACUGCCAACCUCUCCCAUACCAACCACAUCCACCCCGGUCGAAACUUCCACCCCAGACACAACCUGUCCGACGUGUGCUCCUACCCUGCCCACCACACCACAGCUUACCACCUCGACACCGUUGGCAACCACGACGCUGCCACCUCCAACCUUACCGAACUGUCCCGCCGGAUGUUGUCCUUGCUUUGGAGCACGCUCCACGUCCAUCUUUACGAUGGCAGCACGUGCCUCUAAGAAUGCGCUGAUGGAUGAGCUCGAAGAGGACAUCCGUUCACCGCGUCAGCUUCCACUUCCGAUCUACGUGUGCUACACCACGGAACGAUUUGUGAGCAAUCGUCGCGUGAUCAGUCGCGGUUGUACGAAGCGACAGCAGUCACUAACCGACACCUGCACCCAGCUCAACGGUGGACAAACGUACGAGCAGUGUUCACUCUGCUCGUGGCAGCUGUGCAACCGAUAG